CCACCCGACAGCGCCUCGGCGGUUGAGAGCUCAGAGGCGGCGAUGGCGGAAGACAAGCCGCGGAGCGCCGCCCAGGCUAGGAGCCGCCAUCGCGCAGGAAAGAAACAGUCGAGUGCUUUGAAAAAUGAAGAUGCUGCACAAAGGAAGGCGGCGCUUGAAGCUGCCAUUAGAAAGAAGAUUGAGGCUGAGCGAAAAGCCUUGCAGGUUGUUGAACGUCUGUUGGAAGAAGAUAUUACAGAAGAAUUCCUUGUGGAUUGUGGGAAGAUUAUAACACCUCCUCACUAUAAGGAUGUUGUGGAAGAACGCUUUAUCAUCAAGUUGUGUGGCUACCCCAUAUGCCAAAAGAGGCUACAGAAUGUGCCAAAACAAAAGUACAAAAUAUCAACCAAAACAAACAAAGUGUAUGAUAUUACUGAAAGAAAGUGUUUUUGCAGUAACUUCUGCUACAGAGCAUCAAAAUACUUCGAAGCUCAGAUUUCAAAAAGUCCUGUGUGGCUGCGAGAAGAAGAAAGGCCACCAGACAUUGAAUUGCUGAAGGAUGGGGAAAGUGGCCACUCUGGGAAGGAAGUGAAAUUAGUCAACGAAGCAAUCAACACUUUAGACAUUGAAAACCCCCUCCCAGCAGUGACCCAGGGCGACUCCAGCAUAGACAGUGAGAGCAGCAGUGAGGCCGAACAAGAAUUUGUCUCCUCCGUUCUGCAAGAAAAGAGUGUACAUCCAUUGCCCAGGAAGGGUAUUCUCAAAGAGAAGUGCAAGCAGAGAGCACAACCCAAACCUAGCAAUUCAGACGCCUCUGUUGAUGAUGCCGCAGAGCAGUUAAGUUGGUGCAAAUUAGACACUCAAGGAAAAGAACAUGUUCUAGAUAGCUCUCGGAUUAAAGGAGCUCCUGUUUCUCUAUCCAGUCCUACUGUCCAGCUCUCUGAAGGCUUUGGAGAUAGCUCCAGCGGCUCGCAAGUAGUUUUCCUGGGUAUGAGCCCAAAAGGGGCAGAACUAUUUAAAAGGUUGCUUGCCAAAUCGAAACAGACUGCAAAGCCCUCCUCGGAAGGCCCAGCCAAUCCCCUCACUGCCAAAUGUAGCUUGCUAGAAGGGCUGAGGCAGACCUUUACCGAAUGGAGGACUGAGGAGACGGUGAAGCUCCUCCAUGGCAGCUCCGCCGCAGCCACCCAUGCCCCGCAGCCCUCUCCGGCAGCUGGCCAUGAGGAAGAGGAGGAGCUUGACGAGGAUGACUUGGAGAGUGACAACGAACCUAACAAAGCCGCUUCUGAGAGAGGCACCCAGAACCCUCUGAGCCAGCCGUUGCCUUUCAAGGCCUCGAGUCCAGCAGCGAAACCUGUACCCAGUUACGAGAAACUGAAAGAAGAGACCUCGCAGUUAGAGUUAAAAGUGCAGGAAUUUUACAGAGGAAACUUCACCUUAGGCGAAGAAGAUCUGGCAACCCUGUCGAGAGGGGAGCAGCAUCACAGCAAUGACAAUGGUGAUCAUCAGCGGCCCCCUGCCCUCCCGCUUGUAGAUUCUAAAGCUCAGCAGCAGAUCCGGACACGGAUUGUCCUCGAAAAGCUGCGAAAAGUUUUGCCUGCUGUUUUGGGCCCUCUUCGGAUUCCUCUUGGGGAUGUUUACAGUGAACUUAAAGAUCUCGUUAAGACGUUCAGGUUAACAAAUACAAAUAUUAUUCACAAAACUCCCGUAUGGACCCUGAUUGCCAUUGUGCUUUUGUCCGUGUUGUCGCAAAACAUUCCCGUCUUUGCAAGUUCCCAGCACAGCCAAGGAUAUUCGCAGUUCCUGGCUACUUUGCUUGAAGAAUUACACUUCAAAAAUGAAGAUUUUGAAAGUUUAACAAGAAUAUUCAGAAGCGAGAGUCUUCCAUAUUGAGGCAUGAUGGAGGAAAGUGAGGCCUUUGAUGUUCCUCUCCUGGCCUGCCCCAGUAUGGUGUAUUUUUGGCCCCUCCAACAUCACAGCUCCAUCUUCACGGGAGGACCAGCUGUUAACUUUUGUUCAGCAUCCUGGAAGCGGCUUGCAAGUUCAGAUCUCCCUCUCAGAAGAUGUCUUUCUCCGCCCUUGGAGAUUGUUAUCAUUUAACAUAAUUCAGUAUUUAUUUACCGUUUUCUGUUUCCAAGUAUAGAUGAACCUUUUCACACAGUUAGGGCUUGAUACUUUUGGGACAUUACAGAUUAAGAGGGAAUUUUAUAUUCCACCGAAUCAGACGGCAUUCAUCGGAUUAAGCAUAUCACUGAAAAUGAAACUGUAAUACAGUAGGUUUGAUAAUGAUGCUUUCAUGAUAUCGAUGGAACUUUUCCUUGUUCUUUUAUCUGCAGAAUAAGUUGACCAUCAUGCGCUUCUUUUUCUAUGCUGAAAUUGGAUCAAGAUGUGAAGUGACACUGCCAAACAAAUUUAAUUUAAGUACACCAAAUGGGGAAAACAACUAAAAUAAAACCUUAUUGGUCGAGUUUGUAUGAAACAGUGAUAUGAACGAAGGCUGAUCUGUAAUUCACCACUGAAUUUAACACAACCGUUGAAUACAUCAAGCCAAACUGAAGCUCUUGUAUGAUGAAUAUUUUUCAUCUUUCUCAUUUCUUCAGAUAAGUGGGCUACACUAAGACUUGGACACUGAGACAGAUCAUCUUUCCAGGUCUUUCACUAUUUUCAUCAAGUUGCCCUAAUGGAGGGGUGGCUGUCCACAUCCUAUUGGACUUCAGCUUCUAUUAGCCACAGCCAUCAUGUCCUUUGUUCAGGGAUUAUGGGAGUUGUAGUCCACCAACAUUUGGAGGGCAAGAGGUUCUUCAUCACUAUAAUGGAACACCAACAUUUUGCGUGUAUGUGGCCGUGUGCCAUUAACUUCCUAAGGAAAUUGUGUCAUUUCUGAAAAGUUAAAGCAAAUCUAAGGUGCAGUUCUUUGAUUCCCCCCCCCCCAGAAAGAAGUGUCUUAGUAAAGUAUAUCAAAGAAACAUAAUCUGAAUUGUCAUUGCAGUAGUCACAAAAUAAUAUAACAACCUAUGGUUAUUAUGAUAUUGAACUUCUUAAUAAAGUGCUUGUUUUGCUUAUUUA